AUGGCCGCCCGCCGCAACCCCGCCCAGGAGGCCAGCUCUCCCGCCCAACCAGCGCCAGCGCAACAACAACCGCAAUUCAGACAGGCCAGGGAGGUCAUACAGCUCCAAGACCUGCCUGGCUACCCUCAACAAGUCCUCACGAAACUCAUCGCAUACGCCGUCGCCGUCGUGGUCCUCCCCAUCUCCGCGUACUUCUAUAGCGUAAACAACCUUUUCGAUGGAGACACGACGUAUGCAGGCGCCAUGGCGGCGAUCACGGCGAAUCUCGUGCUGUUUUCGUAUAUUGUUCUCGCGUUGAGGGAGGACAAGGGGGAUCGGCAGAAGCUACAGCAAGCGGAGGAGGAGAAGAAGAAGAAGUGA